UUACUCUUUAACAAAGUCUACGAGAAUAUAAUCCUAUGCAUAAUUCAUUUCGUUUCAGGUGGGCUAAGAGGCUGUUGUACAUGCGAAUACUCGUCAAUAUAUGCCAGUUGUGUUCAGUAGUCAGUAGCUGAGGAAGUUUGAUCAUAUCGAGGUGUCGAAAUGUGAUGCUGACCAUUUCUUGGUUACCAAACUAAACCAUGUUGUAUUUAAGGCUUGUUUUGUUGUGUAUCUAUGGUAUGUUAUACACCACUAAAGCACAGGACAUUGUACUKGGCAUUACUUUACCUUUUAACGUCGAUAAUACCUCARCAACACCAACUGGUGAACUAUAUGCACAAGCAGCUUACCUAGCUGUUGAUACCGUCAACAAAGACUCGACAAUUCUUGCUGGUCGAACACUGCAGAUCGUACUGAACAAGAGCGAUUGUCGUGUAGGUGAAGAGACUCUACAAGGCUUUACGUACCAAUGGAAAACAGCAGACGUAAACGGGUUUAUAGGAACAGGUUGUUCAUGCGAUAUAACGGCAAAGCUUGCUGGUAUUUUCAAUCUCCCUCUUAUGUCUCAAAUCUGUACCGACAAGAUACUGUCCGAUAAAACUAAAUACCCGACAUUUGCAAGAACCAUUCCAGCCAACAACAAACUAGCUGUGCCCGUUUUAAAACUAUUAAACUUUUAUAAUUGGACACUAACAAGCCUUGUGGUACAAGAMAACAAAGACUGGGCUGAACGAGGAGACGAGAUAAAAUCUGUGCUGAACUUAAAUGGCAUUACAGUCACAAUCACUAGACAAGCUCCGUCAGUGGUAAGCUAUUACAGCAGAAGAGCUAACUUUGAGAAGAUUCUUAAAGAUGUCCAAGAAAUAAGUCGAGUUGUCAUUCUCGCUAUGGAUUAUUCAUUGGGACGAGAGGCCAUUUACUAUGCCAGAAAACUUAGUGAAACGUCCAACUUUGUAUUCAUCAUGUUUGCCCUCGACUUAAACACUGUGAUAACGAACACAGCAAAACCAAGUGGUUGGUUAGAUGGUCAGUUCCCAGGCGAAUCUGAAAAUGCAACAAAAUCAUUAAAAAAAGCAUUUGAGUCUGUGUUGCUGAUUGCUGUAAACGCAGUAAGAACGUCUACAUAUGAAAUAUUUGUAAACAAACUCAAGAAUGAAACUAAAGACCCGCCUGUCAACAGCUUGAUUUACGAGGGUGCAGGACGUUCUAAAGAGCCUCCCGUCUUAGCUGCGUAUCUUUAUGACGCUGUAAUGCAAAUUGCUGUGGCAUUCAAUCAAUCGUCGUCAAGUGAUGGGAAGACAGUUAUGAAAUCUAUCAAAGGGCAUUCAUAUCAAAGUAUUUUGGGGUACAAGCGGUACAUAGAUGAAAAGGGGGAUGCGAGUUUUGAUCUUGUUAUCAUGGACUUUGAUGUCAACACAGGUAAUUUCACGGAGAUUGGUAAAUACGAAGCUACAAGUAAUGCAUUGAAAAUGUUCCUCUCUGCCAAGUGGCCAAGUAGUCAGGAUCCGCCCAAAGAUAAACCAAAAUGUGGAUUUUAUGGUGAACAUUGUCGGAAAAACAAAAACAUCACGAUUGGUCUGCUUCUACCAUUUAUGUUUGCAUACGACAACAGUGACUUAUUUUCGGCGGGACGAUACUCAGCUUCUGGUAUUACGGUCGCUCUGGACAAAAUCAACGSUGACUCGACGCUACUUCCUGAAUAUCAUAUAAACCUAAUAUGGGCAGAAACUGAAUGUAACGAAGAGAAAUCGAUUAGAGAAAUGGCAUCAUUUAUUGAAAAAAGAGUGGAUGCAUUUAUUGGAUUUGCUUGCAAGUGUGCAACUCAGGCACGAAUUGCAGCAUCACUAAACAUACCAGUUAUUUCUCAUAUGUGUACAAAUGAUGAAGUUUCCAAUAAAAACCUCUACCCUACAUUUGCUCGUACCAURCCUGCAGACGGAGCCAUCGGACCUUCCAUUGUUGCAAUGUUAGAUUAUUUCCGUUGGAAUCGUGUCGGCAUAUACACUGAAGAAGGCGGCAAAAGCUGGUCAAAGCGAGGUGAAUUUAUUGACGAGUAUCUGCGACAAAAGGGAAAGGAAAUAAGUAUUCACGAAAAAUCACCUUCAGGCUCUAGUUAUACACCAACCGWGCACGCAGAUCGUAUCAAACAAUCACUGAAGAAGAUGAAGCAAUACGCUAGAGUGAUUAUUCUGGCCAUGAAGUACCCACUAGCAAGAGAGGUCGUCUACUACGCAAGUCAACUCGGCAUGUUCACAGGAGAAUAUGCUUUCAUAACUUUCGAGUUGUCUAAAAAUGAGGUAGAUUUGAAGAUCAUAGACCCUUUUAAGUGGGUUAAUGGCAGAUAUGGUACUACAACUAACUUCACACAAGACUACAGGCGUAUGCUUGAAUCAGUGCUUGUAAUGGCAGUCAAUGUACAAGGCUCGAAAGAACUAGAAAAGUUUAAUUAUAAACUUAAGAUCAAAGCAUCGCAAGCUCCAUUUUAUAGUAAAGUGUACCAAGGAAAUGUAACGAUGCCUUGGGGGGAAGUGAGAAACUUAUUCAACUUGCCGGUCCCCAUCUACGGUGCUUACCUGUAUGAUGCAACUCUUCUUUACGCACUGGCCAUCAACAAAACAAUAAAUGAGAGACAAAACUACACAGAUGGUAAAACUGUCUUGAAAAAGUUAUUUGGUAAAAAGUACCACAGCAUCAUAGGUACUGAUAUGUACAUGGACAAAGACGGUGACAUCGAAUACAACAUGACGUUAUGGGAUUAUCGAGGACAAGGAAAAGUUCAAAUGACAGAGGUUGGUAUGUUUCAUAUCACGGAAGAUUUAAACAGCACGCAAGUGUUCAUAUUGAAUGGCAAUGAGACAGUGAAUUGGUAUAAGGGAAUGCGAGCACCACGAGAUGUACCAUUAUGUGGCUUCAAWGGAGAAUUCUGCAUCGACAACAGAUUUAAACUAGAUACCAUAGAAAUCGUUUGUAUCGUUCUAGCUUCGUUGGUAGUUCUUCUCCUGAUCAUCGGCGCUGUCAUUUAUAGAAAACAAAAGAUAGAGAGAGAAUUAGCAAGUGAAUUGUGGAAAAUCGACUACAAAGAAGUUGUCAUUAGAACAAAACGYCAAGCUGGCUCAUUCAGAAGUCAGGUCAGUGUGCUGUCUAAUGAAAGUUUCGACAACAUCAAUCAAAGACAGCUUUUUACUACAGUGGGCAUGCUCAAGUCCUACACGGUCGCGAUCAAGAAAGUCCAUAAAAGUAGCAUUGAUUUGACACGUGACGUCAAGAUUGAGCUUAAUCAGAUUCGUAACACUAGACAUGAGAAUCUAACACCUUUUCUUGGCGUAUGUGUGGAUCCACCAAAUAUCUGUAUUAUCGAAAUGUACUGUCCUAAAGGGAGUCUGCAGGAUAUUCUUGAAAAUGAAGAUGUAAAAUUGGACAGUAUGUUCAUUUCAUCACUUAUGAAUGACAUCGUCAAGGGUAUGGUGUUUCUACACAGUUCAGAUAUUAAGUCUCACGGCCGACUGAAGUCAUCCAACUGUGUUGUUGAUGGUCGAUGGGUUUUAAAGAUUACCGACUAUGGUCUGACCAAAUUCAAAGCCAAUCAAACAGAACGAGAAGACUUGGGAGAUUACGCCAGGUUUUACCGAAAACUGUGGACRGCACCGGAACUUCUUCGAAUGAAGAACCCUCCACCACAGGGCACACAAAAAGGCGAUGUCUACAGCUUUGCUAUAAUUCUACAGGAAAUGCUUACGAGAUCGGGUCCAUUUGAUCUCUCUUACUAUCACACAGAACCACAAGAAAUAGUCACCCGGGUUAUUGCGCGUGAAGAUCCUCCAUAUCGACCAAAACUAAGCAAYGUAUUGGAUAGUGUUAACCUGCCUGGUAUGAAGGAACUGACAGAGAAAUGCUGGAACGAGAUCCUGGAAAUCAGACCCGAUUUUGAGGAAAUACGCAAAAUUAUCCGCAAACACUCAAUGGGAAAGACAACGAACAUCAUGGACAAUAUGGUGAACAUGCUGGAGAAAUAUGCCAAUAACUUGGAAAGUCUUGUGGGAGAAAGAACAGAGCAGCUGGCAGAAGAAAAGAGGAAAACUGAAAACCUUUUGCAUCGUAUGCUACCACCGUCUGUAGCACGUGACCUCGUUCAAGGGAAGUCGAUAAAAGCAGAGAACUUCGAGGAAGUUUCGAUAUUCUUUAGUGACAUUGUCGGAUUCACAGCGCUCUCUUCUGAGAGUACUCCCUUCCAGAUUGUUGAUCUUCUAAACGAUCUUUAUACGCUGUUUGAUGACAUCAUCAACAAUUAUGACGUCUACAAGGUUGAA